CGCGAGACUACCACAAUACAGAAGAAGCUGGGGCUAGGUCUAAGUUUUCCUCAUGCAUCAUUAGAUGAUUCAUAUCAGCGUCAAGAUGUCGGGACGUUCAGGCCGUGCGGAGACCCGGAGUCGAGCCAAGGAUGAUAUUAAAAAGGUUCUAGCCGCAAUCGAGAAAGUGCGCAAAUGGGAGAAGAAAUGGGUGACUGUUGGAGACACGUCUUUACGCAUAUUCAAGUGGGUGCCAGUGACAGAAACAAAGCAGAUAUAUCGCACCAAGUCGACUGGUGGAGAAGCCAGAGGGCUAAAAGACGUAGUCCUUGAAAACACCAACUCUUUGCCAGAUUUGACCGAUGAAAACAGCAACCAGAGCUUUCUGUCUGACGUUUAUCAUCCUAAAAUGGAUAACAGCAGCAGCAACUCUAGCUCGCAGCAGGUCAGCCCUCCGCACACCUCCAGCCUCCGAACUGAAGACUCCCAACCACCAAUGCUUGGUCAGGAGAGUGUGGAUGAUCCAGUUCACUCUGGAAGGGAUGGAGCAGAUGAGCCUCCAACUCUGAUCAAGGAGGAUCUUCUGUCAUCAGGAAGUGCCAGACGAAGCACCCCACACACACAGGACGAAUCUGAGGAAUCGGGAGCACCUUCUUUAAAGAAGAUUUGCACAGGAGAAAAUGCUGUGUUAAGAUAGUGUACUAUCUGAAGAUGCACACAAACCUAUCCGCAGUUAUUUUUACUUCAGUUAAGUGUUCAACAUUCAGGUGUUAAGUCUCUGUAGUAUGCUUCAUUUGGAACACCUGCACAAUCUAAUCUGUUCUGUAUCUGAGGUCCACAGUUACUAGUACAGAAAAAGAUUUAAAUUACUUGUAUCCUUUAAAAAUAUUUAUGUUUUGACUGUAUGUUUAUGAUAUAUGGUCUCUGUACACUGUCAUCUCUUGUUCCAUGCACAGAGCCAAUCCACACAUAUGCUCCAACUGUUUGUAGCAUACUGGAAGUAUAGCACUCGCUGUCAAGCGGGAAGAUUUUAUCUACCAGCCUUUGGUUUAGUGUGUUGCAUGUGACUACUUUGGCAAUUAUAUGGAAGUGGGCAAGCAUCUCUCCAUCGAAUAUUCCUAAAUUCUGCAUUUUUGGGCCACAGCAGGAUUUUAAUCUUUGACUGUUUGGUUCUCAUGAAAUGAGCUACGCUUACACAUGCACAGCUACACUCAAAGAUAUAAAUAUUCUGAUUAAAAAAAGAACCACAAAUUACGAGACUUUGUUAAAACAACAUUUUUAAUAUUUGAAGACCAGUAAACUGAUAACAUUGUUAAUGUGAAUCCAACAUGCUGGAGUUGGAAUAACACCGUGGGAACAUGAAAUUUAUUCUGUCAAUGAAAGUUUUGCAUGCCAGUUGAAGGGUCAGCUUUUAAAGCGAGAUAGAUGCUAAGCUACCAAUUGUCAAAUGUACAGUAUUAAUUUAUUCGUAUAGUGUUAUUGUAGUUCACAGCAGUGUUUAGCUCAUUUACAUCAUAGUCAAUUGUGGUGUUUUGGUCAUCUUAGCUGCACUGCAGUAGAAUAAUAAAGACACCUCAUUGUGAUGAGUGCAGUUUUACAUUGCAAUAUACAACCCUUUAAUCAGCACUUGUCAAUGUAUUUGGCACUGUAGAAAAACUAAGCAUUAUUUUAUUUGUGACGACGAGGUUUUUGGUUAUUAUCAUGAGAUUGUGCAACACCUAAUGCUGCAGUAUGCUUGGUAAGUGUACGUAGCACAGCAGUGCUAUUCAUUGCUACUGUGCAAGUGACAAUGCGACAUUCCCCGCUAAACUUGUUGACUUAUUUUUAAACUGAUGAACACAUACAGUGUACUGUGCUUAGCGUUUUAAGUACUGUAAAAGCCAUUUUUGGAAGCUA